GUUGCCCCUUCGUCCACAUGUAGUGGCAUUGGAGUAAACUGUGCAUUCAUCACACCGUGCCUUUUCCUGAAGGAUGGGACGUCGUAAUAAGUGCAAACCUCGACUUAUACCUCAACAGGACAAACGAAUAUGCGGUAGUAUCUGUUUUUGUCAGUUAAUGGUGGUUAUAAGUUGUGUAUCGCUUAUUUACUUAACAGUGGCCAUUUAUAUACCCGCCUAUCGAACAUUUAAUUCCGGUUUUGAAUUGACUCCUGUAAUGUGCCAAACUAUUAAUACUAGCAUGAUGAAUAACUGCAGUUGGGCCUCUUGUGGAGAAUGGUGCCUGACGAAGACUUCGGGAUUUUGUCCACAAAUUCAUGUAACAACGCGGCAAAAUGGAACAACGUUGCAAUUGCAGAUGUGUACGAAUAUCAGCUCCGUGUCUUGCCCAGAAGUAAAUCCCGAAACUCUAAAAGUAUACAACUGUAAUAAUGGGAGUGAAUGCAGCACCCUUACCGGGUUUUUUAAUUGUUCAAAAGGUCACUGCAGCAACAUGUCUCCGGCAUACUUAUGCCAUUAUAAGGCUGAUGGGGUAAUCAUAGAUAGUGAUAAGGACAAUAUAAAAUUGAAUGGGUUUUUCGAGUGCAAGGAUUCGCGGUGUACCAAAGUGAAACGUGCGUUUAGUUGUGAUAGGUUCUGCGACCAUAUAAAUACGACUGGAAUUAAUGUUUAUAUUAACAUUUACGAGACUUUGCAUCUUGCUAACUGCAAGGAAGCAGUUGCAACCACCGCGACCAAUGGUAAAGAAGAUGGAUACCCUAUCGAAUCCACGACAGUUUGGAAACAAACUUCUGAGGACGAUGUAGUUAUGAUUUCCUGCUAUAGCAUGGUAGCCGAAGGAGAAACCCUAAACUUAACAGACUGCAUUAAUGGAACCAUAUUUAAAUAUGCCGAUAUUCCGAAACCCGAAAUCAAUUUUACCACUUUUUGGGCGCUUUCUGAGAAAUAUAAAGGAUAUAUUGACACAACCCAAAAGUUUCUGCCCAUGCAGUCAAAUAUCACGAUUUAUAACUCUUCCUAUCUACAUAUUAACUUAGAUGGAUGCGUCAACACGUUGCGAGGAGAGUGUAAAGAUUUUUUACAUACGCACGGAAGAGAUGGAAGAAACCAAACCGCAUCCUCUCGAUUUCCCUGUUUCUAUAAAAAGAAUGAUUCCUCUUUAGUGCUGGCCCGUCACGAUCUUAACAAAACAUGGCACGAUCUUAUUAUUGCACUUAGCGUUCCAUCCGUCGUGUUUAUAAUCUCCUUUAUAAGUUUGUGCACAAUUAUGCAAACCGUAAAGGUUGGAGAUGACACGAAAAUGAGAUGCAAGUACUGUAUGGGGAAGAAUGAUUGUGAACAAUCGGAGGUGAUGAUCGCGAAUAGCAAAUACGAGAUGUCAUCUCCAGAUGAACCUUUAAGAAAAGACGAAACUCCAUUAAUUAGAACUUAAUAAUUUCGCAUAGAAACUUCCGUUAGUUCACUAUUUUUCUUCCUUCCUUAGUUUUUUACCGACACAGAGUGGAAUUAAGUAUAAAUUACCUCUAAACAGGAGGCGCUUCCAUAUUUUUGAUAAACGCUCUGUUGCAAAAAUCGUUUAGUUAUUAAAAAAAAUGGUUGCUCAGGAAGACUGCAUUAAUGGAAUUUCUCUCGUCCUUAUGAAGUUACAAACGUCCAAUGAAUUAGAGAAAAAUGUCUAAUUAUUUCACAAAUUAAACACAUUUGACGAUGAUUAAUGAUACCACAUCAAUUACGUAAAUUAACUAUCGAUUUAUAAUCAAGAAACGGAGAGCUUUGCCCAUGUUUGUUCGUCAAUUUUCUACGUACUGCGACGUUAUUGCGUUUCUUACGUAUAUCCAUCUAUCGAUAUUUUCAUUAUGUGCAUUUUAAUUAAAAAGACCACAUAAAUGCCUUUACAACACCAAUUUCGCAUAUCUACAAUAUUUGACAUGACUUUUUAACUUUUGCGAUUAUUAUCAUGUGCAAUGCAGUUCUCGUUGAAACCAUAUCAGCGACCAUUAAUUCUAAAUCUAGCGCAAUACUAGACUAGACCUCUAAAUUUGCAUUCUAAUGAGAUUCAUUAGACACCUGAAAAGUGACUUACCAACCUAAUGUGCUUUUCGGGACCAUUCCUAAUCACAAUGAAUUAAUUCUAAACGUGGAAAUAGACAAUAUUUCAAAUUUAAAAACCGAAAUAUCUGUUACAGCCAUUGGCCUGACAGUAUUAAUGUUUCACCUUUUGACCAAAUACUGUGAGCUUAUUUAUGUGUACUCUGCAUCUGUAAUGCUAAAAGAAACUUUGAUCGUAAUAAAUGUCUUAUAAUUGUGCCUUCGGUAGUGUUGCAAGUAUAGGUAAUGAAAACUAUUUACAAUUAUUUAUUUUGGUAUGACUAUCUUACGCUUAAAUAUUAAAAGUGCUAUGUGUGCAAACACCAAAUAAUUAACGUAGAUUAGAAAAUUACGAAUGAAGAAAAUUAGAUAUACCAAUAUAUUUACAAUGAGAAUAAUGUGUAUACUUGUCCAUUAUCAUUGUAGCACCUUUUACACACUUAGUUUAGAUAGUUAGUCAAGACCAACGUUUGAUUCGUGUUUCCUCCGAAACUCAUUUCGUAUCAGUGCCGAGAAGGCCACUUACUUUGAUAUCUAAAAUGUGGUAAUUGGUGGGGCCAAGUAUUUUUUUUUAAUUUUUAAGGGUUUGUCUGAACCAAUGCUUCAUGUCUUCAUUCGGAAUGUCGAUUUUGUUGCAUAUUUGUUGUUAUUCGUCCUCAGUUAUUGCAAUUUUGCUCAAAAUAUGUUAAGAUAUUAAAUGUAGUCUAACAAUUUCUAUUAUAAAUAAGAUGUUAAUGUUCAAAUAUUUACUAAGCAGGUGUUUUUAUUAUGUAAAUGUUUAAAUGUAUUGUCGUUAAUAAAAUGAGAA